AUGGCUCAAUCGAUCAUUUCUCGGAACCAGGGUAUCCUGGCCAGCCAAACGGACUCUUCUGCGCUUCUGCAAGCCGGGUUCGUUCAGAAGACGUUCCAUCACAUCCUCUCCACCUAUCCAAACACCUCACUAGCACCGACGCUCGAUGCUUAUAUCACCAAAAGUGUCGAUUCCAUAGUUCCUGUCGUCUCUAAUGCCACACGCGAUGCCACAUAUCCCUUGGAUCGUCUAAGUAGCGGGAACGGUUUACUACAAUUAUGGCAGGAAACCGGAGAAGAGAAGUACAGAAUAGCAGUCGAAGCACUAAGGCAAAGUGUGGACUUACAGCCUAGAAAUAACCAAGGAGGACUGUGGUAUUACGUCUAUCCGUACUGGAGUUACCUGGAUGGCAUGUUCAGCCUUACUCCGUUCCUUGCGGCAUAUACCAAUGAUCUUGGCAACAGCUCUACAACAGAGACUGCACUAGAGGAUAUGGUCCUCCAACUCGACUUGCUAUGGCAACACUGUUACUUUGAAAAGACUGGUCUUCUUGUGCACGGCUACGACGCUUCUCGCACGGCAGUGUGGGCCAACAACGUCACGGGCGCAAGCCCACAUGUGUGGGGACGCAGUCUAGGAUGGUAUUGUAUGGCGCUCAUCGACACGCUUGAAUUGCUGCCUCUUGCCGCCACUCAUACACGGCGAUACAUCGAAACACGUUUCCAACAACUCAUGCCAGCUGUUGUUGAGGCGGCGGACGCGAAGACAGGGGCCUGGUGGCAGGUGAUGGAUAGGCCUGGUCAAGAGGGGAAUUAUCUGGAGAGUAGUGCGAGUAGCAUGUUCGUGUAUGCUUUGCUCAAGGGCGUGAGGAUGGGAUUGUUGCCCACGCAUGCGAUGUCGAAUGGCACUGUGGAAGUUGCAAAGAGGGCGUACACCUACAUCGCCGAUAGCUUUGUCGUGCAUAACGGGAACGGGACGUUGGGCUGGAAUGGCACGGUUGGGGUGUGUAGCUUGAACUCGACGGCUAGCUACGAGUACUAUGUGGGGCAGCCGAUUGUCUACAACAGCGUGUUGGGAUCAGCGGCCUUUGUGCGCGCGAGCUUGGAAGUUGAGAGAUUGAGCAUUUAG